AUGGACCGCCGCCUAAUUCGCGCUCCCAAGGGAACUUUUAUGCGUGCUGCUAAUAUCAGCCAGUACACCGAAGAAAUCGAGAAAAUUUACAAAAAUGCAGAUGUUUUGUCGAUUAACAACGAUGAUUUGACUGGCGAUACAAGGCAACAUGUCGCUCCAACAGGCCUUGACGGGACUACGCGUCUUGUCCGCCAACAAAUCCUUGCUGCAACAGGUUGGCCAAGUCUCGACAAUGAUGUCAAUCUCUUCGAUCGUGGUAUAGAUUCACUCCAAGGUCUCCAGCUUACGCGUACUUUACGACGUAUCUUUCACCAUCCUGGUUUUGCCCCUUCGACUGUCUACCAAAAUCCCACCGUAUCCCACUGGCAUCGUAGGUAUCAUUUAUUGCAAGCACUACUUAGCCGCGAUAGAAACGCACACGUAUUUUGCUUGGAUCGUGGCAAAGACGGCGGGAGAGACACACAAUGCAAGAAUUUUGUUGCAGCUGGAAUCCCUACAAGCCAACUUGACAAACGUGUCACUUUUAUCAAAGUCAAUGUCGAGUCACAAUUCCUAGGUCUAGAUAGUACUUUAUACGACUCGCUCCGUUCAGAGGUCAAUCUCAUUUUCCAUACAGCAUGGCCCGUCAAUUUUAACCUGCCACUAUCUGCGUUCCGUCCACAGCUUGCCGCGUUGGUGAACUUGUUCACUCUAGCUGCUUCUGCUGCUUCCAAUACAGUACGGUUCAUUUUCAUAUCAUCAAUAGCCGCUGUGGAGGGACAUAGACACGGUCCAGCUCCCGAGAAAAUCCUCGAAAGCCUCGAAGCACCUGCACCUUUUGGCUACGGCCGCGCCAAAUUCCCUGCAGAGCUGCUUGUCGACGCUGGUGGUCGGCAUCCCGGAAACAAAGUACCUACGACUGUGAUCCGCGUGGGUCAGGUCGCAGUGCUCAGUUCCCUGCACUUUGAACAUAUCUCCGAUAGCCUUGGUCCAGGAUUUGACAAUGUCGAUUUUGUGCCUGUGGACUUGUUGAGCCAUAUACUAGUCGUCCUAGCUACGGCUGCAACGGCAGAACAGCCUAUAACGCUGCGACGCGAGGCAGACUAUGAGGAUAUGGCGGCGAACCCGGCUGUUAAAUUACUUUAUUUCUUUGAAGGCUUGUGGGCGAUACACGCAAAUACUGAGAAAGUGCCAAUGCAGCCUAUGGUGGUGGAGAAGGCUCUCGAAGCAAGCCCUACCAUGCGAAAGCUAGAUGCUGUUAAAGUGGAACGGAUGCAUAAAUGGGUUGAAGAAUGGGUGGCCGCGAGGAAGUGA